UUUCUGAGAAGUACAACUCAACGAAAGAUCCGACGAAGGACUUCUUCGCGGAACAGUUCGGAAUAUCACUCCAUUAUCGUGCGGCAAAUGAAAGAGAUUUUUUUGGCAGCGAAAUCGAACAGUAAUAAAUAUCAAGAAGUCGCAAACAGCAAAGUAUCCAUCAAUGGAAUCUAUUGAUGAAAGGGAUAUUCGCACAAAGGAGGAUGUUCGCCUGGUUUUAGACUUGGCUACAAUCAGAGAGUCUGAAUUAAAUCCUUUGACGCAAUGUCUGUAUCCUAUAGGAGAUCACAAGAUUGACAAUUUGAUAUUAUUAGAAGUAGACAAGCAUAUAUGGGAAGCAUUGAACGAAGGGGACACAGUAUCAUUUCGCGGCAGUAAGCAUGAUGAUGCUGUAUUAUGUACAAAAAAUCGGACCUAUGAGAUCAAAGAAGCUGAAAUAUCAAAUUCGUGGUUGUUGGUGCCAAACUUGAAGCUGAAUGAGGCUGCUUGUGUAAAGGAAAUAACCGACAGAACUAUAGAGAGAAGAAAUAUAAGGGAAAUAUUCUCUUCAUAUUAUGAGGUAAAGGAGACCAAACCUAACCUGGCAAAUUUAUCUACUCUACUCGCACCUUCAUCCUUUAAUGGACUGGAAUAUGAAUCUGGCAUAGAUCAAGAGACUUUGUACACUUGGGAGAGACUACAGAAUGAAUUACAGGCCAGUGAUUAUGAAUUAAGGCAAGCUCUAGAGGAUUUUUUGAUAGCUGAUAUAGAUGGAUACUUGCGUCUUGUGUCGCUCGAUAUAGAAACAAGAGGUUUAAAUUUGAUGUUAGGUUAUUUCGGAGAGCAGUCUUGGGAGCUCGAUGAGGUAGAUAAAGAGAGUACUCACGAAUGUUUGAAGGAACUUAUUCACGAGCCAGUGUUUAAUGCUAUAUUUGGAAGAUAUACAGGGCCGAGCACAAGGAUGAAAGCUGAUGGUAGUCCAUUGUACAAAUAUGAUGAAAAGAAAUGCUGCGCGAUGAUGGCAAAGAUUCUUUUGGCCGCUUCUCCCAUUACCGAGUACAGAGAAUUUAUGGAUACAUGGCAAAAUGGAACUCCCGAAAAGAUGCAGCCGAGAGAAGAAUAUUUAUGUGGUUUGGCUUUUGUAACGUACAAUGCCUCAAAGAUACAGAAGGAAGUUGUAUCUUGCCCGGAAACGGAUUUGUCGAACAACAUUCACGACAGACUGAACGAACUGUUCCAAAUCAAGGCCAAGUGGACUCCUGAAGAAAUAACUCCUUACAUCAUACGUUUUACAAGUGGUAAGAUGAAUGCCAAUGCGCUCCUGACGAAAUAUGCCAGAUGUUCCACGAAAAACGGUAUUAAGUACUAUGGGUCGAGACAUGGCAAAUAAUUUCUGCUUCGACGACUAUAUUUACUUACAUGGUAUGCAGUUGGUCACUUUUUAUAGGUAUGCGAUAUAUUACUUAUAUUAAUGACAAAACAAUAGGAUUUGUAACGUAUAACGCUCCAGAAAUGUUGAAAUCAUACGCGCAGUUUAUUUUACUCGUGGUCACAAUACAUAGUUACAUUUACACAAUUUAUAAAUAUUUUUAGUAUGAGAGAAAUGAGAUUACAUAUGAUUUAUUUUUAUCGUCUCUUGCUUAACCGAUAUAAUAGCGUCAUUAUCGGUGGUACAUUGUUGGUAUCCCACCGCUUAAAAGA